AAGGCUGCGAAAUCUUAUUCCAUUGCUGAAUUUGAUUGUCAUUUUCGCAAGAUUAAGCGAAAGGAACAUGUUGCUCAAUAUCUUGAAGACGCAGGGUUACAUAAGUGGUCUAGAGCUCACAUGGAUGGACGCCGCUACAAUGUAAUGACAACAAAUAUUGCGGAGUCAAUCAACUCAGUCCUUAGGUUUGCAAGGAUGAUGCCAGUGGUUCAUUUGAUAGGGGAAAUUAUGAAUCUCCUUGUGAAAUGGUUCACCGAACGUCGUGACUUGGCUUUGAAUUGCACAACAACAUUGUGCCCCAAUUUUGGAGAGAAGAAGUUGAGGAACAAGUUGGAGGAUGCUGCAAGGAUGAAUGUGGUUAAAGUAAGUAAUGCACAGUAUAAUGUUUUGGACGGUUAUAUGGACGGCCUCGUAGAUUUGACGAACAACAGUUGUAGUUGUAGAAAGUUCCAGCUUGAGCAGCUACCUUGCAAGCAUGUAGUUGCAGUUUGCCGCUUCUUGAAAGUAAAUGUAUACUCAAAGGCUUCUCGGUAUUACACUCGGAAAACUUGGAUGGAUGCUUAUUCGGAUAGCAUCUACCCGGUACAGCCUCACGGAAGGUGGGAUAUUCCUGAAGAUGUCCGAAGUCAAGUUGUGCUGCCUCCCAUUGCAAGGGUCAUGCCAGGCAGACGAAAGAAGUUAAGAAUUCCCUCGCAAGGAGAGGGCACCAUUAGAAGAAAGUGCUCAAGGUGUGGUUUCGGAGGCCACAAUAAAAGCACCUGUAAAAACAAUAUUCCAUUGCGCAAUGUAUCUUAGACAAUAUGAUUUGUGUUGCUUUGGUAGGUCAUGUAAACUUUACUUUUAUUUGUGGUGGGUUUCGUGUUAUGUUGAAU